AUGAUUCUAGAGGUUGCAACAGCCAGCCCAUCCACCGCCAAGGAGGUGAAGCUCGGGCAACACUCUGUGGGAGGGGCUGGCUGCAAGCCUUCUGAGAUGGCCAUUGACAACUCAAGGCAAUCGCUGGAGCUCACCGACUGCGCUUUGAUUCCAGGACAGAGCUACAAUGUGGUGGUAUAUGUGGAAGCAGCUGUUGCCGAAGUGGAGGGCGUUUGGUCUUCCGUGGAGAUCAUGGUGCCUUUGUUGGAAGCUCUCGAGGAUCCCCUGGCGCGGGCAUACUCCGACCUUACAGUCCAACCUGGCCAAGACUACGUAUAUCAUGUGCGGGCUGUGAACUUCAUUGGCGUUGGGCAGCCAUCACCUGCCUCGGCUUCGAUUCGAGCUGGCAAUGCACCGGCGGCGCCUGGUUUGCCCAUCAUCGCAUCCCGUGCGUUGACAUCGCUCACGGUGGAGUGGGCUUCACCCUCGCCUUUGGGCUCAGAGAUUUUGAGCUAUCGCCUCUUCAUGUCUGGCCCGUUGGAUGGUGGAGUCUACCAGGAGAUCUACAACGGUCCAGACACCGCAUACACAAAGGCGAUGCUCACCACCGGGACAAUCUACCUCUUCCGGAUUGCUGCAGUGAAUCACAUUGGCGAAGGCCAACGAAGUGCCAUCCGAGAAGCCGCAGCUUGUGUUUUGCCCUCAAUGCCGACCAACUUCACCGUAAAAUCACGGUCCACUCUUGGAAUCACCGUGGAAUGGUCGCCACCCUCCGCUGACGGCGGCUGUCCAGUCACUGCCUAUGCCAUCACGCAGGAUGGAGUGGUGGCAUCGACACAGAUUGAGCGGGAGUUCCAACUCCCGGUGGUGGUUCCUGCGCAGACCUACAACUUCAGCAUCCGCGCGGAGACGCUGGUUGGCACUUCUCCCAGCACACUGGUGCUGAGCGUGGUCGCAGCGGAAGCACCCACCAAGGUGGUUGGUCUUCAGAUUCUUUCCAUGGCCACGACGGGCAUUAGCCUGAGCUGGGAGGGAGUGCCGAGCAAUCUCAAUGGAGGGGUGCCGGUCACAGGCUAUCGCAUUUACAUUGGCUCUGUAGAUCAGCCGUACGGAACUGUCGGUCCUGAGCGUGUCAGGAGGGUGGACUAUGGGGUGAGCUUUGUGCUGGACAUUUUCAGCGAUGUUCAGAUUCGGCUCAGCUAUGCUCCGUGGCGAGUCGAGGAUGUGAAAUGGGCCGGGAUUGACCCGGAUGGAGUGCCUCGCAUCCGCUUCAAGGACCGGAGCCAAGUGGGGAAGGUGCAAGUUGGUAGUGGCUAUCAUGACUUCGAUGAGUACUUCCUGUCGGCCAUCGAGGUACACGCGCCUAGCGAGCAUACUUUGCGACAAGCCAGCUGGGCGAUGGAGGUGCAGUUCUGGCACGAUCCAUUGCCUUUGGCACGUGCGGAUGAUUUAGUGCAGCACUCGCAAGAGAUCUUAGAAGAUCUGGACGAUGCCUCGAGCCGAAUCGCUGCUCUUCAUCGGGCUGAGGCGUCUCUUCGAGACCAGCUGGAUGGGCGCAGAUCGCCUUCUUGGACUGAGCACGUGGGAGGUUUUUGGAGCUCAAAGCAAGCUCUAGACUGGGUGGAUGCAGCCAAAGGAGACGUUUCGGCUGUCACUUCUCUUUUGAAGCAGGAUGCGAAGGUCGUCCUGGGCCAUACCAACAAGCUGCAAGACGAGGUCACAAGCGUCGUUGAGGCUCAGAACAGAAAGUAUGCUGGUCAUCGGGUGGUCUUGUCGAUGUUCGUGUUGCGCGCCUCACCGGUCUUCCUGGGGGAGAUGAACGGCACGGCCACAGCAUUGGUCAGGUGGCUCCACAAAGCUUUGGCCUCUGCCAGAGAAAAGGAUUCGGCCCCUUUGGAGUUGAAAGCCGUGCUGGGAGCUGGCACAACGCUCUAUGGUUACGAAGGCAGCGUUCCUCGUCCUCCCUGUACACCAAACGUCCGGUGGUUUGUGCUAGGGGAGCCGCAGCCAGCCGACAUCAAGCAGUUGUCAGUGCUGUUGGAAGAGACGGAACUUGCCAACUCUGUUCAUGGCAAUGCCAGACAGGUUCAACCCUUUGGGCCUUCUCGAAGGCUUCACAUGGUGAACAUGGAUUGGGAGGCAUUCAAAGCUCCAGCAAUCCCACAGCAAGAGACACUUUCCCCAGCGAGGCAAAAGAUAAUUGUGAUCGAGAGAUAUUGCAAGGUCUUCGUCCUUUGCUCCAUCUUCUUGAUUUGUACACCGGUGAUCUUCCGCAUUCAUGAAAGAUGUUCAUCUGAAGAAGAUGAGGAGGAUGAUGAUGACAUGGUGGAAGCUUUGAAUGUGGAAGGGAUGGAGCCGAAGAGGACACCCUUGGAUGCCUUGGAGACUCAGGUGGGGUUGGACAGAGUCGUGGUGGAGCACGAAAAAGGGGACAGAUAUGCCACGGCCUUGGGACGUAGCUAUUGCUUCAAAGUAGCUGCCUUGAACUUUGUCACAGAGACCAAUGCCUUGGAGGAUCAGCAGCCACGGCUCAGUGAUGCUGUAUGUGGACAUGCAGCGCAGACACCUGACCCACCAGGCGCAAUCUACUUCCAGUACCCGGCCAUCGGUGACAUCAAGGUGGAUUUCCCUCCAAGCCUGGUGAAUGGCGGGGUAGCUGUUGAUCUCUAUGAGAUCUCCUCCAACGAGAACAACCAAGGAUGGGUGGUGGUCGCUACAAAUGCAGCCACUGACCUUUCAACCCUCACACAGGGAUGUACUAAAGGCAACGAAGUAAAGUUCCGAAUCCGAGCUCGAAAUGCUGUUGGCUGGGGCAAAUACGGCACAGAGGUGGUAACGGUAUGUGCGACCUCUCCAGCCAAGAUGGCAGCCCCACUUCGGUCCACUUCCACACGAACAUCGAUUACUGUCGUGUGGUCUGCUCCUGACAACAUGGGCUCCACCAUCAUCAGCUAUAGGCUCUACCAGGCGUUGGAAGGUGGCGCGUACUAUCAAAUCUACGAGGGGGCAGCAACAGCCUUCGAAUCCCUGAGCCUCACCACCAACUUCACGUACCACUACAAAGUCUCAGCCAUCAACGCAGCAGGUGAAGGAGAGAAAUCCGAUGUGGCCUCGAUGCUUUGCGCGGGUCAAGCUGGACAGCCCACCAUGGUCACUUUUGCAGACAACUCGCGUACUGAGACGGUCGUGAGCUGGACGGCACCUUCGGAUGAUGGUGGAUCUCCCAUCAUUCGUUAUGAGGUGUGGUAUCGCGACGGACUAGACGUGGGGCCUAUUGACAGAUUGGCCUGGAGUGGCACAGGUAGCAUGUCCGAUACGAUCGUCUUCAUCACUGGCGCAGCCUUGCAAGUGGAGGUUGCGGCGGUGAAUCUGAUGGCAGAGCAACAUUCCUUGCCCGGGACGCGCAGCGCAACCCAGGUCUAUUACUCUGCCGAGCUGUCCACAGCACCGGCGAACAUUCAUUUGACAGCCUCCACUUUGGUCUCGGUGACUUUAGCCUGGGAUCCACCCGUUGACAGUGGCGGUCUCCCCGUCUUGGGCUACAAGGUCUACAUGGAUGAUGCACUUGGAGGGCCAUUGGUGGAAGAAUACUCCGGCACUGCGACCACCUUCCAGAAAGUGGGCCUUGCCACUGGCUACACCUACCGUUCGGAGGUGAAGGCCUUCACCGCCAAAGGCGAAGGUCUUCCAGCGGUGAUGAGCGUGUCGCCUUGCAACGAACCAGGAAGUGUCGGAAACCUUCGAGUUUUGCAACGUUCAGGUACAUUGAUUCGCUUGGGUUGGGAUCCCCCCACAGACACCGGAGAAUGUCCCAUCUUGGGCUACAUCGUCAUGGCGGGCACAUCAACCAGUACGUUGGUGAAGAUCGGGACGACGUCCUCCGUCUUGGAAACCGCUUACAACUACGUGCCUGCAAGUCCAGACUUGAGCUUCGUGUUCCGGAUCUUGGCCGAGAACUUCAAGACGCAAGUCUCCGGCAGCUUCUCUGGUGCUGGAACUGACAUCUACGUCAUUGGUGCGGCUGCAGUCUUAGCGAAAGAUGUGAAACAGGAGAUUUCUAGAGUGAUCCUGAGGAUCUUCUUCCUGAACUUCUUUGCUUCCUUCGCCUACCAUGUGAUGGCAGUGCUCUUGGUGAUCUAUGCCACUGAUGAAUUUGGAUUCAGUGACCAGCAAGCUGGUGCUCUAUAUGGAUGGUGGGGUAUCCUCUCAUCUAUUUGGACCAGUAUUGCCAGCAUUUUUGCCAUUGACAACUUGGGCUCCAAGCGCACAGCGGUCUUUGCCAUCGUGGCCAUGAUCAGCACCCGCGGUGUCCUCGUGACCGCGCGAAAUCCCGAGACCUUUCGCUUCUCGAUCCUGGUGCUGUCGCCCAUGGCUGAAGGCUUGCUGCUCCCCGUUUUCCUUGUUGGCUUGAAGAGGCUGACCGUGAAGGAGGAGAGGCCUAUGGCGUUCAGUGUGAACUAUGCCUUACACAAUGCAGGUGGUGGGAUCGCCGACGUGGUCAUCGACCUCUUCCGCACCUGGCAGCUGAAAGAUCCGCAUAGCUUCGUGGACGUCUUCGGGUCAUUGGCCACACCAACACGGGCAUGCCUCGUCUUGACUGAGGCCGCGCUCUUGUUGUCUUUCUUUUUGGCAUGUUCACUGCCAUCAAGUUUGUCCACUCAGCUAAGCUGCUGCAAGCAGCAUGUGCCUUUCGAGGACGAUGAGAGUGGAUUAGCCCAGUCGCCGACACGAGGCGCGUCAUUGCGCAGCACUAUCCGGGACAAUAUGUCCAUUUUGCAUGACAGAGGCUUGUGGAUGGUGGCAGCCUACUCCACCUGCUUGGUAGGUGUCAAAGCACAGUGGCAUCACAUGAAUGCCACGAUGCCGAAAUAUUUGGUUCGAGAACUGGGGGAAGAUGCACCCUGGGGAACUGUGAAUAGCAUCAACUACUGGAUUUGCGCAUUGCUUCCUCCUGUGGUAACUCUUGCCACAGCAAAGUGGAGGAAUUUUCCUGCGAUCUUCCUGGGCAGCGUUGUUAUGUCAUUGUCCCCUGCUUUCAUGAUCUUUGAGGUGUCGAUUCGUGCUACUUGCGCUUGGCUCGCAACAAUGAGUGUGGGUGAGGUGAUUUGGAGCCCGCGUUUCAACACGUACUCAGCAGAUUUGUCGCCAGAUGGAAAGGAGGGUAUUUUCAUGGUCAUUGCCUUUACACCACAGUUCUUGGCUGGUCUACCGACCGGAUGGCUAUCUGGGGUGCUUUUGGAAACAUACUGUCCAGAUUGUCCCUCUUGCCGUGAGCCCGGCACUGGAGCAUUCUGCAGGUACAACUGCCAGGCCGCUGAUGCGCCGGUGCCUUGCAAUGCCUCUGCAGGUCCUAACCUGUGCUCUUCACACCAAAGCCUGUGUGCUGUGCCGGGUCUCUCAGGGUGUCCCAGUAGCUGCCGCGAGUGCAGUGGAUGGUCUGAGAACGCCAAUGGACCCGUCCUGUGGCUUUGGGUCACCAUCCUCUCGGUGAUUGGCCCCUUGCUGUUGCUCCUCUUGCGAAGCAGUGCAUGGCAUGAACCUUCGGACUCUGCCAAAGAGCGUGCAUACACGGUAGCAGACAAAGAAGGUGAAUGCAGCGAUGAGGAGGCCAAGAAUGGAGAAGAUGAGCCUUUGGAAGAUGAGACAGAAAGAGCAACGGGUCCGCGUGACUCGUUCCAGGUGCAAGCCACAAAGCUGGGUGCCAGCGAUCCGGUUGAGGUUGAGAUGGAAGGCCUUCGCCGGUCGUGA